AUGGAAUAAUCAUAGUAAACUGAAAAAUACGAAAAAGCGUGUUACUCGUGCUAUUAAAUUUUCACAUAUAAAUCAGAGAGAGAGAGAGAGAGAGAGAGAGAAAGAGAGAGAGCUUCCACGAGGGAGUGACGUCCCGACGGCAGCGACGACGGUGAAUUCAGUGGUGGUACGCACUACGCAUCGACCUCGUGCACGGUCCGCGAACCUCGUGUUUUUGUGCCUCGACGGCGUGCGCCGCAAGAUGGCGGCCAAGCUAGCCAGCCAAGGUGGCGCGCGGCGCGGCGGCGAGCGACAGGAGGCGGGGCCCUGUCAGUCCUACGCCAGUGUGCUGAAUCCGAAAGGUGCUUCUCAAAAUCGUGCCAACUCCUUCAAGAGCAACAACAAGGAGAACAUUGACGAUCAGGUGGCGGUGCCGCAGCAGCAACAGCAACAUUUGUUGCAACAGCAGCAACAUCAAACGACAACAAAUGCGAAGGAGAAGAUAGUGCCAAGUGUGAAGGGUGGCAAGUCCUAUCAGAGAAUCACUCGGUGCCCUCAGACUCUCCCGGACAGCUGUCCGGAGAGACGCGAUCAUCACGAGAACUCGUCGAGCAUGCCGGUCGCGCACGUCGACGUCGUUCACGUGUCAUCGGCGUCGGCGUCGGCGUCGGCGUCACGUGAGGACGACGGCCAGAGUGACGCCGAACGACUCAACAACGGCAGUGUCGGCAACGAUGGUGAAUUCCAGACAGUCGCCACGAAGGGCGCCCGGCGUAAGGAAAAAUUGCGCGAGCAGUAUCGCGAGAAUCAUCGGGAGCGUCACCGGUUACGUGAUAACAACAACCGCCAUCAGCUACCACCACGUGGUCCCAAUGGCGUCGGGGGCGGAGGCGCCGGUAGACGCGGCAGCGACGAGAGAUCGCACAGAGAGCGCGCCGACCGCAAUGGCGUCCUCGAUCAUGGCCCGAAGGAGGCCCAUCAUUACAAGGACGAGCAGAGCACCGAGCUGGAAGCGCAAUCGGCGUCCCUACCGCCGCCGCCGCCGGUCAAAUACGUCGAAGCGCCUUUGCCCGCGGUCAACCCUUGGACGAGAAACCGAACAUCGGCGUCGCAAACCGCAAAGACUCUUCCCUUACAGCAGCAGCAGCAACAGCAGCAACAGCAGCAGCAGCAACAACAACAGCAGCAGCAGCAGCAGCAGCAGCAACAACCGCCCAAUGUUGUCGCAACGUCCACAUGCAUCGACAAACAGAGCGAGAGGGAGAGGGAGAGAGAGAGGAGAGUGCUGCAGCCGCAGCAGCAACAGCAACAGGAUGCCACAGAAAAUGGUGUCGAAAGUGGUGCCCAGCCAACAAUUGUCAGAGCUUCCAGAGAUAGAAGGAAAUUCAAUCAAAAUGCAAGUGAUUUUACGAACAUUGGAGACUGGCCUACUUUAGGAACGCAAAUAGAGAGGAAAACAGCUGUAACUCCUCUGAAGCAAAAUGGUGUGCUUAAUGGUGAACCAAGUACCUCUAAGACAUGCAACAUUGCCGAAAGCAAAGGCAAGGAGAACAAGGAACAGAUAAACUAUCAAGACGAUAGCGACGAGCAUAUGGAUAACAAUGAAAAGAAGAGGAAAGCGAAUAAACAAAAAUGGGUCCCGCUUGAGAUUGACUUGGCACAAAAUCGUGGGACUAUGCGAUCACCGAGAUUUCAAAAUCAUAGAGAAAGAAAUGGUGAAGCGAACGAUGGUGAGCACUGGCGUGAAAGGGAUUACGAUAGAUCAACUGGAUAUAAUUCACGAGGACGCGGUGGAAGAAAUUACAGAGGUAGAGGACGAGGCGGGCGUGGCCGUGGUGGUUUCAGACACCGAUACGAUCACGAGUAUACAAAUUAUACGACGGACUGUGCACAAACCCAUAAAUAUGAACAUACGGAUUCUGGAUAUAUGAUACCUUAUAUGGGAACGUGCUAUUUUAAUAAUGCAAAUUACAUAGAUACCAUUACAUUAAAAGAAUAUAUACGAAAACAAAUAGAAUAUUACUUUUCUGAAGAAAAUCUUGUGAAGGACUUUUUCCUACGUCGUAAAAUGAACGCUCAAGGAUAUUUACCUCUCACUUUGAUCGCAUCUUUUCAACGUGUACAAAAUUUAACGGUGGAUAUAGAUUUGGUGAUAGAAGCAGUCUUGGAAUCCGAUAGACUAGAACUGUUAGAAUUAGAAGAUGGAUAUAAGAUUAGAACAAGAUUCAAUCCGUUAAAAUGGCCUCUUUUGGACAUAACUAGUAAUAUCGCCUUUUCAGAUCAUGCGCAACAGUCUAAUCCAUCUCAAUCCGAAGUAAUUCCUACCUCUGAAACUACAUUUUGUCCUACUGCAAAGCCUUUAUCUACAAUGCCUGCUCCUCCAGUUCCUCGUGUGUUUGAAACUUACCAUUCCAUUUCAACAGUAAGAUAUGAUGAAUCAGAGAUAAAUUCUUCCACAAUAAAUGAAAUUCUAAAUCCUGAUGUGCCAGAGUUUGUGCCGAUAACGGAAAGAAUCAAUGGAUUUACCGUUACGAAACAACAAUCAAACAAAGAUAACAGUAAUCAAACAAAGACAACAAACAAAUUUCAUUUUGAAAAGAUAAAAGAAACAAUGGAGAUUGCAGAAAAGUAUCUUCUCUCUUUUAAUAAUAGUUCUCCCACGAAUGUAAGAGAAGACAAUGAAUUACCGGCUACAGCAGAUGCUCUUACUUCGGACAGCUUAUCAGAACGAAUCAACGGAGAAUCGGAUUCAUCAAGCGACAAUGCUUGGAAGGAGGUGAGAAGAAGAGUCAAACAUCUACACAAAGACAAAACAGAAGAGAGACAUUCACACAAGGACAGAACAGAAGAGAAAGAGAAAUCUGAAAUGAAAAAUGCAAUACGAGAAGAGCUGGAUUUUCAAUUUGACGAGGAACUGGAUUCACCGCCACCGACUGGUCGACAUAAUGCCUUUUCAGAAUGGUCUGAAGAUGACGAUGAUAACGAAUUAUCGGAUAGAGAUAUUAAUAAAAUAUUGAUAUUUACUCAAAUCAGUCCUACAUCAUCCAGAAUCCCAAAGCAUGAGGGCCAUGAUAGAACAGGAGAGUGGACUACAAGAGUAAAAAUGACUCAAGAAUUAGAACAGUUUAUCAACGACGGAUUACAUUAUUAUGAGGAACAAUUAUGGAGACAAAAUUUUCAAAGACAUGGCUCUUCUUCAUCCAUUGGAAGUUACAAAACGGUUAACAUGAUUAGUCAGGAAGAUUUCGAGAAAAUGGCGCCAAAAGCUCCAAGAAAAGCAAAUCCGGAAGUUCCACCACCACCACCUCCUUCUAUGGAAGAUUUAGAAGUUUCGAUUUCAUCACAGCUUCCAAGCACAAGUCCAGAUAAGAAAGAUCACAGACAGGAAAGGAAUCGUUGGAGUGAUAAACUUUGUCCAAGAGAAGGACGAAGAAAUACCACGCCACGUUUCUUUGCCGUUGUGAAAGAUGGACCGUCUGUUGAUCCGAGAACGCCACGAAAAAGGAAGACUCGUCACAGCAAUAAUCCUCCAGUAGAGCAUCAUAUUGGCUGGGUUAUGGACGUUCGAGAGCAUCAUCCUCGAACGUAUUCCACGGGGAGUAGCGCAGGCACAAGUCCUAAUGAAGGUUAUCUUGCUAAUAGUUAUGGAAGUGUUCCCAGUAUCUGUGAGCAUCCGAGUCAUGCUUUGUUGAAGGAUAAUGGAUUUACUCAACAAGCAUAUCACAAAUAUCAUUCGCGUUGCUUGAAAGAACGCAAACGAUUAGGUAUCGGACAAUCUCAAGAAAUGAACACACUUUUCCGUUUCUGGUCGUUUUUCUUGCGAGAAAACUUCAAUCGUACCAUGUACGAGGAAUUCAGAACUAUAGCCAAAGAAGAUGCCUGCGAAGGAUACCGAUACGGACUGGAGUGCCUUUUCAGAUUUUACAGUUACGGCUUGGAAAAGAAGUUUAGACAUACAUUGUAUACAGAUUUUGAAAUGGAAACGAUACAAGAUUAUGAAAGCGGACAGCUGUAUGGAUUGGAAAAAUUUUGGGCAUUUUUGAAAUAUUAUAAGAACUCUGAUCAGCUUCAUGUAGAUCCUCAAUUGCAAGAGUACCUAUCAAAAUUCAAGAACAUCGAAGAUUUUAGAGUGGUAGAACCUCAAAUACAAAUGCUCCAAGCUGCAAGAAUACGUCAUAGAACUGUUUCUGAAAGCGCUAGGGAAGAUUCACUGACAAGCGAACGCCUACUUUCAGAUGAUUAUAACACACUGCCAAACGCGCAAGAGUCGCAUUUAUCGCAGUUUCGAAAUAGGGCUGGUUCUUUCGGCUCUAGACUGUAUCAUUUUCGACGACGGAAUGACUCCACAUCAUCAAGCAGCCAGCGAAAUAGGCAGAGUUCUGGUUUCUCUACGAAACCUUUCGAAGCGAAUAAAUCGUAAGUCACUGCCAGAGAACGAACUCAAGCCAGCUCCAACUCCGAAGCGAGCAAACCCGUCACGAUUAAGACAGAGGGCUCGUCUACCUCCCAAAAAUGAAAUGGUGCAGCGGUAAAAAAAAACACGUAAAUUUCGAAUAUAUCUGUGAAUUGACAGAAAUUAUCGAAUCGCCCUCUAGAUGAAGUGGCGAUAGUAUUUUCGGUAAUAUACAUUAUUGAGAAUUAAUAUCAUAAAAUUAAAAAUGGAAAUCGCGUCUCUAAUCUUAUUUGUGUGAUUUUAGAGAUUAUUAUUAUUGGAAUAUGAAGUAAAUUCUUAAUAAUAGAUUUAGAACCGUGAUUUAGCGUUUAAGAUUAUAUUUACCGAUAUUUAAACCCCUCGGCGUGGUAGCGCAUUGCGAAAAAUAUUUUCACUCGCUUUUCAUAUUGUUUGCUAUAUUUAACUACGGUACAAGAUAGAACCGAAGCCAGAAGGAUGGUGAGAAUGCGUGUGUGUGCAUGGAGCAAUAUAACGAUGGAAAUGUAUAUAUCCUAAUACUUUCAGUUACACUUUUAUUUCAUAUUCUGAUGUAAAUAUGGUGACAACAUUCGAACAGGCGAACAUUAUCUGUGCAGAAACGUCCUGUAAGAUACUGUUUGCUCAAACGAGUGUUUGAUGUAUGCAAAAAGAUAAAGUGCUACUUUUAUCUAAAAGACAGCAUAAAGACUAAAUAUAUAUAUAACAGAUAAA